CUGGCCUAUAUCUCCACCCACCUCAACACCUUUUCUUAAAUCUGUUUUCCAUCCUGCUACCUCUCUACUGGUUACAUUAACACAGGACUGAUGAGAAGCUUAAGAAGGCAUUUCAGUCAUGGAUUCCAGAUACAUGGAAAUAGCUGCCCUAGGAAGACCUCUGUAUCCCGGCAUGCUGUACGAUUGCCGCAGGGACUCCUUUAUCCCAGGUGUUACUUUAUGGGAUAAGAAAGCAUUGCGCGAUGACCUUGAUGUACAUCAGCAGCCUAAAACACAUCUGAAGUUUGCUGCCUCUGACACCCUCAGUGAUAAGGCCAACCUCCUAGAUAUAAGCGCUUCCCUUAAAGCCAGUUUCUGCAGUGGUUUGGUGGAGGUUGGAGGAUCAGCCAAGUACCUGCGUGAUAACAAAACCUCAGCACAUCAGUGCAGAGUUACCAUGCAGUACAGCCAGACAACAAAAUUUGAACAACUCACUAUGAAGGAGCUUGGCAGUAUCACCUAUCCACAAGUAUUUGAGCAGAAAACAGCCACUCAUGUUGUUACAGCUGUACUGUAUGGAGCUUGUGCUUUCAUGGUUUUUGAUCAUACGACUGCAGAAAAUGAGAGCAAACAGGCUAUUGAAGGAAACCUUCAUGCCGUGGUCAAGAAGAUCCCUACCAUUUCCAUAGAGGGGGAAGCAUCCCUAAAGAUGACUGAAGAGGAAAAAAAACUGGCUGAGAAUAUCAGCGUCACAUUUUAUGGUGACUUUGAACUUGAAGAAAACCCCACCACAUACAAGGAAGCCCUGGAAGUGUACAAGAAAUUGCCCACUCUGAUGAAGCAACGACAAAAUAAAGGUGUACCACUGACUGUGUGGCUGUAUCCUCUCACGCUUUUGGAUGAAAAGGCUGCAAAGUUGGUGAGAGAAAUCAGCAUAAGCCUGUUGUGUAAAGCAGAAAAUUUGCUGGAGGAGCUUGGUGACGUGGAGAGAAGAUGCAAUGAUUUGAUCAAAAACCAAAUGACAAAUGAUUUCCCUGACCUAAAAGACAGGUUGUUAAAGUUUCAGGCAUUAGAAAAGAAUUAUAUGAGAUCAUUCCAGAAGGCACUGUCCAGAGUUUUGCCAGCUAUUCGGGGUGGGACAGAAGAGGUCAAGGCACUGGGGGACAUCCUGGACAUCCAUUACACAUCACCCUUCACUGCUAGCAACAUGAACAAAUGGUUAGAUGACGUUACAACUGAAUUAAAUAUACUGAGUUCCUAUACCAGUGGGCUGAAGGACCUGACAGUUGUGAAAUCAUCAGGGUCUCUCCAUUCCAUCCUCUUUGAUCCUGACGUUGAUGUGGUGGUUUGCUUGUCAUUUACAUCUUUAAGGAAUGAAGACUCCUACCUAGCAGUUAUACAAGACUUUCUGAACUGUGAAGGGUUUACAGUGUUGGGGCAACCAAGAGAGAGAGAGUUCCCUCUCCAAGCAACACAGCCUUGGUUCACUUUUCCUGACAUUUCUGUGAGCAUGAGGCAGAAUCUUUCUCUCUUUACAAGUUUUUCAAAGGCCAAUAAAAAUGAUAAGAGAGUCAUGUUCAUCAUUGCCUCCAUAUCUGACCCGAGCAAUCCAGGAACCUCCAUCCAACUUUAUCAGAAAGGCAUUCUGAAAGAUCCUAAGUUCCAGCCUGUAUCCAAACCGCCUCUACCCAUGGUGGAGACCUAUGAUGAGAAAGUCCUACUUAAGCUUUCAAAAUCCCUAACCGGAGAGACAGUCCAGUUCAGAGUUGAAUACAGGAUGACACCGCCACCUGAUUCAGCAGCUGACAUUGACGAAUGGACAGUCACAGACACUUCAGGUGCACAGACCAGCCUCACAUUGUCUGAAUUAAAGCCAGCAGACCAAUACUUGGUCCGAUACAGAGCUGUUAGUGAGGUGGGAGUGAGUGAGGCCAGCGACUCUGUCUCCAUCUCCUUCCCUGGGAAGCCUGAUGUGGGCAUGAGUGAAGCCAGCGACUCUAUCUCCGUCUCCUUCCAUGAGAAGCCUGAUGGGGGAAUGAGUGAAGCCAGCAACUUUCAUCAGAAGCUCAAUCUUAAAGUGGGCCAGUCAUGGAACUUCUUCACAUCUUCCCUCUUUAAUGAACUAAGGACAAAAAUAAUGACCAGUAUGGGCAUGUCACGAUGGUCUCUCUCUACCAUCAAGUCAGAGGUUACAAAUGUUGUCAACAGUCCUCGCAUUCCUUACAUUGACACAAUUCCUGGUGGGCUGAGAGCAGGAAUGGCUUUGUAUUUCCAAGGUGUUGUUUUUGCAACAGGAGAAGUCUUUUCAUUUAAUCUCGUAACUGGGCCGAAGGUUGAUGAUGACAUCGUUUUUCACUUCAACCUUCGCAACAAUGACCUGGUGGUCCAAAACAGCCGCAGGAAUGGGAUGUGGGAGAAUGAAGAACACACAUCAGGGUGUCCCAUUCCCAAAGGAUCAGCCUUUGAUAUCUUUAUUGUGGCCAAAAGAGAAGGUUAUGAGGCAUAUGUAAAUGGAAAGAGGUAUUGCCUGUUCAAACACCGCAUGCCAAUGGAGAAAGUGGCCACACUUUACAUUUGUGGCGACGUCAUCAUGAACAUUGUUGGUAUUGUUGAAAACUGGAGCACAUCUACUUUUGCUAAGGAACUAAACUCUGGCAUCUCACGCACAAAGCUUUCUAACAUCCAAUUUGAUGUGCCACAUCCAGUCUGUAGCCCUAGCAAACCAUAUUCAGGAUCAAUCCCUGGAGGCUUGAGACCUGGUGUGGCUUUAUUCUUCCAAGGGGUUGUUCCAUCAGAUUGUGAACGCUUUCAAAUAGAUUUGCAGACUGGGCCAAAAGACAUCGCUCUCCACUUCAACCCCCGCAUGCACUCUGUGGUACUUAACAGCUGCAGGAAUGGGAGAUGGGAACUCCAAGUGGAUAUUCAGGGAGGCCCAUUUGUCAAAGGAGGAGCCUUUGAUAUCAUCAUGGUUAUUAAACCAGAAGGCUAUGAGGUGAUAGUGAAUGGCCUGCUGUAUUGCACGUUCAAUCACCGUAUGCCAGUGGACAAAGUGACUACAGUUCGCAUUUUGGGAGACGUCUUCAUGAACAUCUUCAGCAUUAUUGAAGUGGAUGAUAUUAAUCUGAAAGUCACCAUUCCGGCCAAUAUUUGAGGAUUCGAAUCUUCCCCAAAAGCAAUUCCCUUGACAAUUUUCAAGAGAUUUUUUUGUUAUAUUCUGCUCAAGUGUAUCAGACAACAGACCAUGGGCAUGAUUUGUUUUUUUAUUAAUCAGUUAUUUUUUUUCCUCUUAAGCAUUUUUAUGAGAUUUUUGUAGCUUAUUAUUGUUGGAAAUGAAUGCUAUAUACUCUUUACUACAGUAUUAUUGUACUUUAAUUAUAGUAAAUAAUACAGGUAAUUUGCUUUAGUCUAUAUAUAGACACCUUUGCAGCAGAAAUUAGAGUAGUCCAUGGCUAACACAGUAAAUAAAUGUAGAUUUCUGUCUCGAUGGAUGAGCUGUGUACUCUGUCAAAUAUCCUUUUUAGAUGAACCCAUCUUCCAGUAACAGAGGUUUUAGAUAAAAAAAACAUUCAGUGCAAUCGAGGUCUGGUAAUUAGCUAUUGUAACAAACCAAGAGUUCACUAGGGAACAUUUUCUGAUUAACAUUUUUCAUCUGAUUAAAAACCUCAUCAGUCACAAAAGUCUGCACUGUGCAUUUCAUUCAGCCAGAUAUGCCAAAAACAAGCAGGGUUCUGUACAUCCCUUCAUAUUAACACCAAAUACAAGGUUGAAGUUUACACAGUUUCUUAUUUAAGUUGUCAGUUCCACCUUAAAUACUGAUGCAAACACAAUAUUGUACCUGUAGAGAGCACUCAUUGCUCAUUUCUAAAAACAUGAUCCAUGUGCAGAAUUGUAAAGCAUAAAUGAAUUUGCUAAUUAUACAUCUUGCCCAAAUGUAUUAUGGUAUGAGUUGUUUUCGGGUUAUUACCAAUUGGAAAACGAUUUACUUCUUGAUUAAAACAUUUUAACAAUGUACUGAUUAAAAUCAUUGAAUUUUGACA